AUGUGGGAUAAUUUAAAUAAUAAGAAUAAUCCUUGUGAACAUAAAUAUUUUAACAUUGGUGAAAAGGAGUUCACAAGGAAGAAAGAUUUAUAUGACUUUCUAGAAUUCUAUGAUAGUAUAAAGGAUAAAUUGGAAAAUGGUAGAUCCACAAAAAAUGCUAAAUAUUGCGAUUACAUAAAGUCUAAUUNUGAAAUGUAUUAUUACAUGGUGCAAGAAGAUAAGUGUAAAAAAUCUUCAAUAUAUAGCGAUGAAAUAUUACUUUUUCAACAGAAAUUUAAAGACAAGCCAGAGAUAUCUUCUUUAAAAGAGAAAUGUACCUAUAAAUAUCUUGAUUUGGUAUUUAAUGAUAAAUUUGAUGAAAUAAAUUCACCUACUAAUCUACCUGAAGCGAAUAGACCAGAGAGAUUUAGUCCUAAUGCAGAUACUAUUACUCUUACAAAAGGUGAAUUUUCUGAAAGGUCUCUUAAAAUGGAAGAUGUCUUGAAACAGUUGCCUUCAUAUAAAACAUACGAAGAAUUGAAUAAUAAGAAUAAUGUUGAAAAGUACUGCAGUGAUUGUAUGGAUAUACUACAUUUAGAAUUUGAUUACCCUGGUAUUAAUUACUUUUGUAGAAUGCUAUCAAAAAACUUAAGAGAAUUGUCCCAAAUAGACAGCACGGAUAGUAAAGACCGUUGUGAAUAUUUUACCCAUUGGAUGAAUGAAGAAAUACAGAAAAGGUUUAGUAAUUAUAACAGUUCCACUCUUAACAUCCCCUUAGUUAAUAUCCUUCUCAACAUAGUUCUUACUAUUAAUAAUAAGUUAAGGAAAAACCAUUGA